GCAGUGACAAGUCAGUAGUUCUCACUCAGGACUGGGGUUGUACGGAGGGAAUACAAGCAGCAGCCUGCCCUAAAGCAGCACCUUUCCUCUUCUAUCUGUAUCUAGAGCCGCUCUUACAGUGCUCUCACAGAGCAGCCGGGGCUGUAACUUGAUUCUAUUGUUGGGCGCAAAGAUGCGGCUGAUCCAGAACAUGUGCACCAUCACGGAGUACCCACCGGCCAGCAGCACGGACUGUAGCAGCAGCAGCGCGGGCACCGCUUCUAGUCGGGUCAUCAAGAUCGCGGUGGUUGGGGGCAGUGGCGUGGGCAAGACAGCCCUGGUGGUGAGAUUCCUUACCAAGCGUUUUAUUGGCGACUAUGAAAGGAAUGCAGGAAACCUGUACAGCAGACAAGUUCAGAUCGAUGGAAUGAAUCUCGCCAUUCAGGUUCAGGACACACCAGGAGUACAGAUAAAUGAACAGAAUCUGGACUCCAAUGAGCAACUCAACAAAUCCCUAAGAUGGGCCGACGCUGUUGUGAUCGUGUUCUCCAUCACAGACUGUAAAAGCUUCGAACUUAUCAGUCACUUGCAUCGGCACGCCCGCCAGCUUCACCCCCAUAACAGAAUCCCUAUUGUCAUUGUCGCCAAUAAAGCGGAUCUUCUGCACCUGAAACAGGUGGAACCUCAGCACGGACUUCAGCUUGCCAACAUGUUGGGUUGCACCUUCUACGAAGUGAGCGUUAGUGAGAACUAUAUCGAUGUGUACAAUGCUUUCCAGGUACUGUGUAAAGAAAUCAGUAAGCAGCAGAACACAGGGACCUCUGAAAGGCGGAAAAACUCGCUUAUCCCGCGUCCAAAGUCUCCAAACAUGCAGGACUUGAAAAGGCGUUUUAAGCAGGUGCUGUCUGCCAAAGUCAGGACUGCAACAUCCGUCUGAAAAAGUGACUUCCAGCGUGGGUCAGUUGGUUUUUCUAUAAAAAGAGCUCAUGAAGUUGCUGGUUUAGAAAGCGUAACGUUGGCUUUGAUGAGUCUGAGGAAGCACAUCAACAGAAAUGGCUUAUGGUUCCGUGUGUGCAGAGCAGCUCUGCAGUGUGACAAGUCAACGACAAUUACAAGUGAUUAUUGGAACGUGAGUGUCCAUCGAUUACUGAACAGUUUGAUCAUUCUGGAAAGUGUUGGCAUUAAAUGCAGUAAAUGUAUUCGAGCGAUUGUUUUCAAGCUCCUUCCUGCCACAGUGUAGCAUUUUCCUUAGUUAACCUUUUGAGUGCUGGGAUGACAUGCAACGCAUUGAUCAACGCAUUGUUUGUUUCCAAAAUGCAUUAGCUGCUCCUGCAAAAUUCUGCACUGAAAUCCGUUAUUCAAAAGAGAAAACAUAUUUUUUUUUAUAUUUAAUUUUGAAAUCUGACAUGGGGCUAAACAUAUUGUCAGUUUCCCAGCUGCCCUCAGUCAUGUGAUU